AAGCGAAGGUCAUAAGCUACUUCGAUACUUCGUUUUCCAGCUUUACUCAUAUUUAUCCAAAUUUUACAACCUUCCUUAGUUACGGGAUAUGUGGACCCUUACUCUGGUCGACUGUUUCGUCUUGGCAUUCUUCAGAACUCCCUGCUUAAGACAUCAUGGCUCCGUUCUUAUUGUGAAGCUCAUGGAUGAUUUACCCGCCGAAUUAGGCUUUCUCAGGUAACAUUCUUUUCUUUUUGUUAUCUUGGACACAAUUUUUGUCGAAUCUUCUGCCAUUUCUACUUCAUAGUCAACCCCUAUCCAAGUAUAUGUCUAAGUUAACCAUUAAUUCCCAUACGCGAUUAAAAUACAACUUCUUCUUAAAAUCUCCAUACAUUAUUCAGUAAACAGGUGUGGAGAAUAGAAAACCUAUCAGCUAAAGGUUGUUAUCUUGAUAUGACACUAACUUCUCUUGAUUUAUUCAGAAGUAAAUACAUUGCCUCCAAAAGAGAGAAAAUAUAUUCAGAUCUUUUGAGUUGUAGCGUUGCAGAACAUGACGGGAGAUCAAGCAACCCAAAGCCUAGUCGGUUGUGAUAAUAUUAUUAACUGUAUAGAGACGGUUACAGUUUGACAAAAUGAUUAAAUGUAAAAUUAUUAGUUUCAUUAGAUUCUAGGAACUCUUACAACAGAUGAUUUUCUUAGGCAAGUGCACAUGUCCAGAUUAAAAUGUUCUCUAUAAUAAAUGAAAAAGUACACAAUCCGUCAGCAACAACGAUUCUUUGCUGUGACAAUGAUUGCAAGACAAGGGCCCUUGUUUUUCACCUGUUCGAACGUCCUAUCAAAUCAUCUUGCCAAAAAGAACUUUCUUCUUUAAAGGCGGCUUUAUUUGGCAAGCUGAUCGCUGUUUAGUGGCUUAAAAUCAUUAAGUUACAGUUUAUAGCUGAACUGGAAAAAACUGCCAUCUGAUAAACCUAACUGCCUCUGACUUAACUUACACUACUAUACGUGAAGCUUACUGUGACCCUAAAGCCCAGCUGAAAAUUCAUCCUCUCGUAACUUUAUACUAACUCUGAUAGUUAGUCACAUAUUUGAAGUUUUUCGUGACAAGUUAAGCCCUGUAGCACAGAAAAGUAUCUAUCAUUGUCUCAAAACACCUUUCUUUAAUUUUUCAACGGUGAAAAAUACGGCCAAACUGAGCUGACACAAGUGAUGAUCACGAAUGAUGAUGAUGAUGAUGCUAUAGUCAUGAUGAUGACAUCAUGGUGUGUAUCAGUCUUAUAACAAACUUGGACAGACUACUUUUAAUUCCAGGAUAUUUAAGGGACCUAUUUUGCCAUCCAUCUACACAAGAAUCUCAUGUGACAUCAUUUUCAUGGGAUGCUAAGUGGCAGUCAUGGAUCUGUGGAUUGUACACUCAUUUCUUCAAUACAUUACAGGAAAAAAAGAAAACAGACAAGAUGUGCGAAGAGAUUGUUAAGAAUCGUGGAUAGCAAAUCACAAGGUUCAUUCAAGGGAAAGAUCGCAAGAAAAUGGAGGGAUACAAAGCAAUUGGAGGACAAAAAAAAUCUGAAGGGAACGUUUCGACUCUUAAGCAAAGCAACUGUGGACAAGACUGCUGCUUACUCAAGUGUUGGAUCACAAGCCACUGGAAGACGAAGUAUGCGAUGGGGAACAAUCUGAUCCUUGGCAAAGGUAAAAUUAGUGUACAGCAGAUCUUGAAAACAUUUUUUCGGAGAUUCAUAAAAUAUUCCAGCAGAAGUUGUCGAAGAAACCAGUUCACAAGUCUGUAGCAAUUAUUGAUGCCAAUUCAUUUUGAAGGGUGCAACAAGAAACGUUCUGCACAGCUAAGUUUUUUUAUUGACUCUGCAAGUUAAAUUUUCGCUCAAAGUCGGGUUUCUUAGGUAACCCCUGUUCAAACGUCUUCAAUUUUCCCGCCAAAAAACUUAGAAAAAAUACGGUGCCUCAAAAUACGCAUGCGCCGGAUUUUUUUUUUUAAUAAAUAGAUUAUUUUCAUGGCGCCCCAAAAUACGUAUGCGCCAUCUUUUUUUUUUUUUUGCUCCGGUGUUUAAAUGUAGUCAGUUUUCAAUGGCUAUUUAUUUAUCUCUCAGUUCAAUAAAGUAUAGU